AUGUCUCCUCUUUUGCGACAGGCUCGUGGGCCAUUGAUAGGCCAAUGCAUCGCCGCCAAUCGACUUUCACGCAUGCUUAUCCACAAAACAUCCAACGGGCAUUUACUUUCACGGAAACGACCAAUAUCACUCGUGCGCCCUUCCUUUCAGUCUUCAUUUUCCAGCCUGUCACGAAGUAAUGGUGGUGUGACUGCCACUAUUACAGAUCCCCUGGCAACUUCAGUCGACGAUGGAAAACGACCCUUUCAAAUUACAACACCCAUUUACUAUGUCAAUGACAAACCACACAUAGGACAUGCCUACACAUCGACUGCAUGUGAUGUGAUUGCACGAUUCAUGCGGCUCAGUGGAAGACAAAAAGUGGAACAAUCGGCAGCCCAAAAAGGAUUGGAACCACAGCAAUUUGCUGACCAAGUCUCCACCAACUUUCGAGAUCUAUUGGGCUUGCUCCACAUUUCCAACGACCACUUUAUUCGAACGACCGAUGCGCGUCACAAGGCGUCUGUACAGCACUUUUGGAAGGUACUUGCAGACAAGGGGUACAUUUAUAAGGGAACUUAUUCGGGCUGGUAUUCGGUGCGGGAUGAAACCUUUUACAAUGAUUCCGAACUGUUGGAUGGCAAGGCACCUACUGGUGCCGAAGUGGAAUGGGUAGCCAAGGAAGAAUCCUACUUUUUCCAACUGAGUGCUUUUGAAGACAAGUUAUUGGAGUACUAUGAAGCAAAUCCAGAUUCCAUUGCACCAAAGUCCAGACGGAACGAAGUCAUUAGUUUUGUCAAGGGUGGUUUACGAGACUUGUCCAUUAGUCGAGCGUCCUUCCAAUGGGGCGUUCCUGUGCCAGGGGACGAAGAGGAUCAUGUCAUGUACGUUUGGAUUGACGCCUUGGCGAAUUACAUUUCCGCUCUGGGAUAUCCCAACACUGAAGAAGGGAGUAACUUUGACAAGUAUUGGCCAGCUGCCUUGCACGUAGUUGGAAAAGACAUCCUGCUCUUUCAUGCCGUCUAUUGGCCAGCCUUUCUCAUGGCUGCCGAUAUUCCAGUUCCCAAGCGUGUCUUUGCUCAUGGAUGGUGGACCAAAGAAGGGGAGAAAAUAUCAAAGUCGUUGGGGAAUGUCAUUGAUCCAGUCGAGCUGGUGGAACAAUACGGGGUCGACCAAACUCGAUUCUUUCUCAUGACCGAAGUGGCUUUUGGUAAUGAUGGUGAUUUCUCCGAAGCCAACAUGGUGUUGAAGGUGAACAACAACCUGGCAAACGAACUAGGGAAUCUGUGUCAGCGAGUCCUCUCCAUGGUAUUCAAGAACUGUGACAAGGCAAUGCCCAAGGAAGUUGGCCCACUCCUGCUCGAAGACAUUGAACUAUUGGACUACACCUUGGCAUUGCACACCAAGGCAGCCACAGCCAUUUCGACGCAAGCCAUUCAAACGUAUGUUAAUGAAUUGAUUGCUACCAUCUGGGAGGCAAACAAGUACAUUGACCAAAUGGCUCCCUGGACCCUCCGUAAAACGGACCCAAAGCGAAUGGAGACGGUGUUGUAUGUUCUUCUGGAAGUUCUGCGGAAGGUCACCAUACUCUAUCAGCCCGUCAUUCCGGACUCUGCCUCUCGCAUAUUGGAUCAGUUGCAAAUACCAGAAUCGGAACGUACAUUUGCACAUUUGAACGACGAAGCCUUUUCCGUGCCUGCAGGUGCACCUAUUUCCCAGCCGAAACCGAUAUUCCCAAAGCUAGAAGUAGCUGAAAGGGAGUAA